AAAUGUAUAUGUAUCGGCGGCCGCGUAUCUCCCGGCUGAGAAACGUAAUAUCGCGAAAAAUGGCGCGAAUCAACGAUAUCUACGAGGCACCCGCGUCCCCGCUUUCACGCGUCGACGACGCGCUUCGCACGCUCGCAUGUCGCGAGGUCUCGUCUCGCCUCGCCUCGCUCGUCCGCUCACGAAACAUGGCCUCGAACCUCGAUAUAUCGUACGCAUCGCAUCCCGCGCGCGCGAUCCACGCACGUGGUCCGGUUCAUCCACGCAACUUGUCCGCCACCGCCGUCGCCCCCACCGACACGUCGGCAAGCAGUGUUAGCCGUUAACGCCGCAUCACCUACAUUUCUGGCCUGUUCUAAACUGCCUCGUAAAUUCCGCGCGUUGUUAACCUAUACUAAUAGACAGUGGCGAUGCAAAUUGAAUGGCGGUACAAUACAACCGGUAUAUGCAUUGUAUCAAUGAUAUCUGGCGUAAAGAUAGUGAUAAUUUGCCAUGGAGCAACUGAGCGAAGGACAGGCGGUUGUGGUUGGCAGUACCGGUGGUGCUGUACAAGUUGUUCAGAUGGGUCAGGGUGGACAAACUAUGAUGCUUCCACAAGCGAUACAAGUAGCAGCGCCCAACGGACAGAUUCAAGUCGUUCCAGUUUCGAGUCUUACUAGCACUGGCCAACAGAUAGUUAUUCAGCAGCCACAGACACCACAAAUCAUUCAAACUCCUGACGGGCAGACAUAUAUCUAUCAACCUGUGCAAUUGGAAGGUCAAGUGCAGCAAGCACAACCAACAGUGAUAAAUCUCAAUGGAAAUCUCAUGCAAAUUGCGGGUACAACAUCACAGACUGCAACUACUGCAGCUACUACAACCCCUGUACAACCUCUGGGUAGUCCUACAUCGUCAGUGUCACAAGGAGGGAACGUUGUUAUGAUGGUACCAGGUAACAGCGGACAAACACAGUUCCAAAGAGUAGCGUUGCCUAAUGCUGAACUUCUUGAAGAAGAACCGCUGUAUGUGAACGCUAAACAAUACAGACGGAUAUUAAAGCGUCGACAAGCCCGUGCUAAAUUGGAAGCUGAAGGAAAGAUACCCAAGGAAAGGCCCGUAAGCAUCCUUCCAUUUUUCUGUUUUAAAAAUGACUUUUUUAAAAACAUAUUUGAAAUAGAGAUUUUCAUAUCUACUUGAACACUAGUUUUGUAU